UCGAUUUCCCCGCCCAUCACGCGUUUUUCCGUUUUCCCCUGCCUUGGAACUUCCUUUCCGCCUGUGCAAAUCUCGUCGUGAACACGCAUCUCUGUCUUUUCCGUGUCAAAAUGCGUUACGUUGCUGCAUACCUGCUCUCUGCCCUUGGUGGUAAUGCCAGCCCACAGGCUGCGGACAUCAAGAAGAUCCUGGAAAGUGUUGGCAUUGAGGCUGACAAAACACGCAUGGAGAAGGUCGUCACUGAACUCGGUGGCAAAAAUGUGGAAGAGGUGAUUGCUCAAGGCUAUGGUAAACUGGCCAGUAUGCCAGCAGGUGGUGCUGUGGCAGUGGCCAGCUCAGGUGGAGCUGCUGCUGCUGGGGCAGCUGCCCCCACUGCAGCUGAGGAGAAGAAGGAAGAGAAGGAGGAGUCUGAAGAGGGAUCUGAUGACGACAUGGGAUUCGGCCUGUUCGACUAAACUUGUUAAAAAUCUGAAAUAAACUUUGUAAUUAAGGAA